AUGACUCGACAGCAACUCAAAUGCCUUGAAGAUUUGGUUUGUUGGUUUCAGUUGGGAUACAUCACAGGACUUUGUUUGGAUUUGUGUGAGAUGUCAUAUUCUUUCUCACAUCUUUGCAGGGGACAACAGGCAAUAACCAGAGAUAAACGCUUACCAAUACUCACUUUUAUCAUGAAGGGGUAUAUUCUGGCGAUAGUGUUAACGGUCAUACAUGUAGGGGUUCUAGCUAAUUUCCGGUCGAAAUUAAGACGAGCAUCGGACCCAGCCAAAAAAGUCUACCGUCAAUAUAUCAUCAACUUGGGUGCGACAGUUUCACAUUCGGAAGUAAUGAACCAUCUUCAAGCGACAAGGGGACUCUUUAUGACAGAUAAUGAUGACAAUGCCGGGGUUGAUACAUCAAUGGUUGAUGGUCGCGGUGGUUGUUGGAUUAAACGGAGGGGCAAAUUUAUCGAUAUGAUUGGUUUCAAAGCUUACAUUGUGUCGUGUAUUACAGAAAGUGAUCUAAAUCAAAUCCUGGCUUUGCCAAUCGUCAAAUCAGUUCAAGAGAGCGUACGGUUCAGUUUGGAUACAGAGGAAGAUUUGUACACCGGUGCUAAGAGCCAUCAUGGAGGCCGUGUGAAAAGAAACGAACGACGUUGUACUAUUAUUAACCGACCGGAAUGUACAUGUCGAAGGUUUGGUAGAAAGUCGAUUUUAACUCUCAGGCGGUGUUGCAUAAUCAGCUGUGUUUCGAGGAACGUCAAUAGCUGGGGCCUUGACAGACUUGAUGGUAACCUCAACAACCAACUACUAGCAAAGGGUCUAGGAACUGACGUAGAUGUCUAUAUUGUAGACUCAGGAGUUAGAUACACUCACGAAGAAUUCUGUGGUCGGGUUGAGACUGGGAAAAACUUCGUAAAUAUUGGCUCAUCCGCAGAUGACGACAAUGGUCACGGGACUCACGUUGCGGGUACUGCCGCAGGACAGAAAACAGGGGUUGCCCGUAAUGCAAAUAUUAUACCUGUUAAAGUGAUGAAUGCUCAGGGCUCGGGAACUUCAGCCGGAAUCGUGUCAGGACUGGGGUGGAUUGUACAGCAAUAUAGAAGCAGAGGAAGAAAGGCUGUUAUCAAUAUGUCUAUUGGGUGUCCAUGCAAUGCUCCUGAUGUGAACAAUGCCGUUAAAGCUGCGGUAGAUGAAGGAAUAGUUGGUGUAGUUUCUGCUGGAAACGAUAAUGUAGACGCUUGCAGCAACUCACCCGCUAAAGAACCAUCAGCUUUAACUGUUGCUUCAUCCACCGAUUUGGACAGUAGGUCGCAUUUCUCGAACUAUGGAACUUGCGUCGACAUCUACGCUCCAGGCUCAAACAUCUACAGUGCAUCGUAUACUAGUGAUAGCGCUUACGAAACCAAAAGUGGUACAUCAAUGGCCGCUCCACAUGUAGCAGGUGUCGUUGCAAAGUAUCUUAGCACAGUUAGUUAUAAUCCAUCCCCUGCUCAAGUCAGGAUCUGGCUUAUUAACAACUCCCUUAAAAAUCAGAUCACCAACAAUCCAUAUGGACCAAAUGACCUCCUACAAGCUGUCAAAUGUUAAUGGUCUCUGGGUGGUCAUCAAACUGCAACUAGAACGAGUGAAUCGAUAACAAAAUCGUACACAUAUUUGAUAAACAUUGCAAUGUAUACUCGAUAUACGAGGACUACCAAUAAACACUAUAAGCUAUUAAGCUGUAGAGGUAAAUCAAA